AUGUUAAAUAAAGUGCAAGAAUUGACCAAGGAAGCAGAGAAUGUAUAUUAUCAAGUUGACACUGAACGUAAUGGAUUUUUGAGAAGAAAGGAAUUCAAGAAGGCAAUGAAGAAGUUGGGUAUCAACAAGUAUGAAGCAAAACACAUGUUAAUAUUUGUUGAUCAAGAACGUCUCAAAGUGGUUAGCAUUAAGAAUUAUGUCAACUCCUACUUGUUCAUCCAAAGUGGUGGAUUGAAUCACAUCAAUACUGAUUAUCAAGGUCCAAUCACAUCUGUAGUUGACCAAAGAACUCACAUGAACAAUACUGAGCCAGAAAGAAUACCAUUCGACAUGUCUCAACUCUCCAAACAGCUAUCAAACAUCUCAUUCCUUACUCAAAAUGUCUUCCAAUCCAUUCCACGUCCAAAAAACAUUGUUGGCUACUAUCAAACAAUGCAAGCAGCCAAUGGCAUGUACUUGUGCUCUGAAAAUGGAAGACUGAUUGCCAAUCGUCCAGUUAUUGGACCGUGGGAGAAAUUCUUCCUACAUCACGAUUCAAGUUGGGGAGUUGAUGGCAGAGCACUCAAAACUGUUUGGAAUAAGUAUAUAUGCUGUGAAAUUGAUAAUACAGCUGUGGAUAAUAGAACUGCAGUUGGUCCUUGGGAGAUUUUCAAACAAAGUAUUCCAGAUGAUGGUGGACAGAGUAUGGAAAGGAAUGUUUACAAGUCGUGGACUGGGCGGUAUCUCACAUCUGAUACUACUGGAAAUGUUUCAUUUGGUGCAACUUCAAUUGGAACAAAUGAGAUUUGGAUAUGUAAGGUUGUUAGUGCAGUGUAUAUUUAA